ACAAUGCUACAAGAUUCUGUAAUGGAAACAAUAAUAGUUGUGUGUUCCUUGUUAUCUUUGUAUACUCUGUCUUCUGGGUGUCAUAUUACCAUUUCAAGCAACAAUGGUGAAGAUUUGAAAAAGUGUGAUGAUUUAAAUAUUAAAAAAAUGAUGGACUUCGUCAACUCCACAAUCACAAAACAAACACAAAUACUACAAGAUGUAAUGACCAAAGACUGUCAAGGGAGGAGAAUCUAUAAAUGCGUGGAAGACGUUGCAAACAAAAAGUCAACUGGUCAAAGUUCAACACUCAAUCCUACCGCUCAGUUUAACUCUAGUCACGGUGUAGAUGGACUAUUUCCUAGUGGAAGCGUGCAUAUAAUAGCUACUCACAGAGAGAGAAAUCCCUUCUGGUGGGUGAAUCUGGACAAGGAAUACCUGGUUGAAAGAGUAGAAAUAUGGAAUCGUAAAGACUGUUGUGCUGAACGAACUAGAAAUUUGGAUGUAACUAUUGGGCCAACAUUAAACGAUAUGAAGUUAUGUGCGCACUACAAAGGUCCAAGUCACAAAGGUGAACACCUAGUUCUCGGCUGUACCAAGAGAAUGAGGGGUCGUUACGUCAAGCUGCAACUCCAGGGAACGGAUUAUUUAAAUCUACUGGAAAUUAAAGUAUUUGCUGUUAAAACCUGUUCUAAUUAAAGUCAUGCGAAACGAU